AGCCCGCGCGCGUCGCGGGCAGUUCCGCCGCUUCCUCCGUGGUGGUGGGCUGCGGCUAUGGAGGGCGAGCCGCCUCCUGUGGAGGAGCGGCGGCGGCUGCAGGAGGAGCUGAGCGAGUUCGUGGAGAGCUGCUACCGGACGCUGGAGGAGGUGACGGCGUCCCUGGGCUGGAACCUGGAUAGUCUGGAUCCCGGGGAAGAAGAGGCGGCGGAGGAUGAAGUUGUGAUAUGUCCUUAUGAUUCCAAUCAUCAUAUGCCUAAAAGGUCUUUAGCAAAGCACAUGGUAUCUUGUAAAUUGAGGAAACUGGGCUAUACCAAAGAAGAAGAGAAUGAAAUGUAUAAUCCUGAUUUUUUCUAUGAGAAUGUGAAGAUACCUUCAGUUACUUUGAAUAAGGACUCCCAAUUCCAGAUAAUUAAACAGGCUAGAACCGCAGUUGGAAGAGAUGGUGAUUAUAACAAUCAAAGGAUUUAUUCUUCAUUGCCUGUUGAAGUUCCUCUGAAUCACAAACGGUUUGUUUGUGAUCUAACGCAAGCUGAUCGUCUUGCCCUCUAUGAUUUUGUAAUUGAGGAGACAAAGAAACAGCGCUCUGAUUCUCAAAUCAUUGAAAAUGACAGUGAUCUCUUUGUAGACUUGGCUGCCAAAGUCAAUCAAGAUAAUAGUCGAAAAAGUCCAAAAUCCUACCUUGAAAUCCUAGCAGAAGUGAGAGAUUAUAAAAGAAGACGCCAAUCCUAUAGAGCUAAGAAUGUUCAUAUAACGAAGAAAUCAUAUACUGAGGUGAUUCGGGAUGUAAUAAACGUGCACAUGGAAGAACUCAGUCAUCAUUGGCAAGAAGAGCAGGAAAAAGCAGAGGAUGAUGCCGAAAAGAAUGAAGAAAGGCGAUCAGCUUCUGUAGAUUCACGACAGUCUGCUGGAAGUUAUUUGGAUGCUGAAUGUUCACGGCAUAGAAGGGAUCGGAGUAGGAGCCCACAUAAACGAAAAAGAAAUAAAGAUAAGGAUAAAAACUGUGAGUCGAAAAGAAAGAAAGAGAGGGAUAGAGACAGACAUCAUAGUCAUAAGAGAAGAAAGCAAAAAAUAUAAAUGGAGUAUUUGUGUGUGUAUUAUGCUUAUGCCAUGAUAACCAAUAUGCUAAUAUUUUAAUUGUAAUUGCUUUGCAUAGGAAAAUAUGUUUAUAUGAUCUGUUUAAGUGCUCAUUAUUUUCAAUAAAUACUUAUGAUUCAAACUGUGAGUACACUAUAUGCCCUACAACUUUGUUUUCCAUAUAUUUUAAUAGAUGGUUUACUUCCUCUUUCUGAUUUUGUUUUGUUCUUUUUGCUAAUUUAUGUAUCACACAAUUGUUUAAUUAAAAAAUAGUCAAUACUUAAAGUAUAUAAAUUAUGCAUGAAUACAUUGUCAUUGUGAAAAAUUAAACCUUAGGCUGCAGUCCCUUUACCCAUCCCAGUGACACCUCUUCUUUACCACUACCCCGGUGAAUUGAACUGGGGAAAAGCAAUCGAAACAUCUGAAGGGGAAUAGCCUGGCUAAAUAAAAUAUGGUAUAGUCAUAGGAUAGAUUACUGUAUUGGAAUUAAAAGAAAUAAACUAGACGUAUAUUAACAUGGAUCGAUCUCAGAAACAUCUAAAUGAAAAUAGCAAGUUGUGGAAAGUUAUAUACAAAUUAUAUCUAUGUACAUAAAAAUACUAUACAUUUUCUGUGUCUAUAUAUGUAUAUAAAUUUAUUUUUAAGGGUUCAGAAGAAUCUAUAUCAGACUUCUAACAGCAAUUAGGAGGUAUAGAUGGAAGAGAUUAGGGGUGGGAAACCAUGAUUGGGAGGGUAGUCAAAGGAAACUUUAGCUUUAUCCAUAAUACAUUAAUUCUUUUUAAAUGAGAAGGUAUUCAUGUUUCACAUGUUAAUUGAAAAUAUAUUGUCAUUAUGUAUUUUGUAAAUCAAUUUAGUUACUAUUUAUAUACAUUAAAACGUACCCAUUUUAAGCGUAUAUUUCAUUGGGUUUUGACAGAUUUAUACCCUGGUGUAACCACCAUCACAGUCAAGAUAGAGAAUAUUUCCAUUGCCCCCAAAAGUUCCCUUGUACUCCUUUGCCAGUCAAUUCCUCUAAUGCCAGCCCCAGGCAACCACAAAUCAGAAUUUGUCAUAGAAGAGAGAAAUAAAUGGAAAUUAGGAGUGGGGUAGAAGAAUUAGGGGAAGAUGGAAUAGCAUAGAGAAAGGAAAAGGUCUAAAGGUAUAACUAGAGCUCUUUAAAAUUCAAAUUUUUAAGUAUAGUAUCAAAUGCUGCAAACUAUCCA